AUGGACAUUCGAUCACGUCAAAGUUUUUGGGUUAGAGUUGUUUGUACAGCCAUCCUUUUUGUUGUAGCAGUUUGCUUCGUUAUUUGCAAUAAUGCAGAAAAGCGUAGCACGAUAUCAAACCUUAUCUCAACAGUGUACACCAAUGGUGAACUGGUAAGAGACAAUGAUCUGGACGCGACAUUCAUCUCAAAAAUUCGAGGGGAAGUUUUGAGCAUAGCUCCGUACAAGGAAGGGGCCAUAAACUUCUCAGCAGACCCCUGCGACAAUUUUUACGAAUUUGCAUGUGGACAAUGGAUCGAAAACACUUCUAUCCCGAAAGAAAAGGCUUCAAUCUCCAUGAUCUGGGACGCAGCAGAGGAUGAGAUUGUGCGAGAGAUGAACGACCUGAUGACGUCUGAUGGUCAUGAUGGUGACGAUGCCCAGAGACGCCUAAGAGCUUAUUACAAGGCUUGUAUGAAUGUCUCCUUGCUCGAUUCUCUAGGCGUGGAUCCGUUGCGAUUUCUCUUGAACCUGGCAGAUAGCAUUCAGAGUGUACAAGACGUGCGAGAAGUUAUAUCUAUCCUUCAAGCUUGGAACUUCGACACCUUGAUUUCAUUGAGUGUCGAACCAGAUUCGGCAAACCAUUCGAGAUACGCUUUACUAAUCCGCUCUAGUGGCCUCAGUCUACCUGACUUCUCUUGGUAUGAAGUGAUUCCAGGUUCGCCUUUACAGACGCCAAACAAUUCACAACCAGACGCCGCAUGGAAAUUGCAAGUGAUUCAAACACUGGCUAACGACAUCAAGAGGAUGAACAUGCUUGCGGGCUACAGCGAAAACGAAGCUGAACAAGCCGUCAAAGAUACCUUCGAGAUUGAGUUGCAAUUAGCCAGCAUCCUUUCGAAGGAACCGUUUGGUAACAUUUUCCUGAUAAUUCUACACAAUCGUUCACUUGACUCCACUGGGUGA